AUGCGUCGAUUAGCUAUAUCUGGUCAGUUAGUCGGAGCUGAUCGCCAAUUAGUUAAAAUGGUUUGCUUACAACUUACUCUCGUGGUUCUGGCAGCAAUACCUUAUGGAAUUUAUAAUACAUAUAUUUUAUCAACAUCUAAUAGAAACAAAACUGCUGAACAAAUAGAUCAAGAAUUCUUAUUUUUAACUACUACAAGUCUAUUAGGUCUUUUUAAUUUUGGAGGAAGUUUUUAUGUAUUUCUUGCUGCUUCAAGGCGUUUUCGUCAAAUAGUUCGAGAACGAUUAUUUUGCUAUUGUAAAGUACGAAAUGCAAUUAUACCUAAUACAAUGUCUUCAAAAGGACAAACAUAA